AUACUGUGAGUGACCGCGUAAAAAACCCGUCAAGUGCUCCUAUUUUAUUUAAGUCAGUGUUCGGUUGCGUACCCAUGCCAGUGGACUGUUUGAAAUGUGUGGAGUGCCCCAUGAUGGAUUACUAUGUUCAAGAAGGCCAUCUUCCUAGUGAAUACGCUGAAUACGACUUUGCUGAGGAUGCUUACGAUUUUGAGUGUCAGUUGGCCGAGGCCCGAGAUGUCAAGUUCAACCAGACCCUCCUGGAGCCGUUGGCGGUCGGGACACAUAUUCUCUGCACCGGCACACCCACAGAGGACUUACCAUGGUUCACAGUUAACAUAGGAUACGGAGACCCAAACAACGGCACAGGGGACAUCGCAGUCCACUUCAACGUUCGGGUCCCGCAGUGCUACGUGGUGCGAAACACGCGGCGGCAUAACAAGUGGGGGAUAGAAGAAACUACUGCAUUUAGAUCAUUCCCCUUCAAAAUGGGCCGUCCGUUCACGAUAGAGGUGAUCGUGGACGAGACGGAGACACUGUGGGCGGUGGACGGGGAGCACUACUGCAACUACGCGCACCGGGCGCCGUCGCCGCUCGGAGCAGCCUGGCUGCAGGUGGCCGGGGUCCGAGACGCUACGCUCAAUGUGCAGAAAGCUGAAUUGUACCCGAUGCUGGCACCGCUUGCAGCUGAAGUCCCACUUAGAUCUAGUUUAGAUGCGCCGGCUUCGGAGGAUGAGCCGCUUUGGCGACCGAACAUCACAGCUCUAUUACCUAAAGGAAUCCCACCAGGGUACCAACUAGUCAUACAUGGAAGGCUCCGGCCCAUCCUCCACUCGUUCACGCUGAACCUGAUGGACGCGGCGCACGACUGGCCCGCGCCCAACACGGCGCUGCACGUGAACGUGCGCGCGCACCACGAGUCGCACCGCGAGCGCCAGCUCGUCGUGCUCAACUCGUACCUGGGGGCCUGGGGGGACGAGAGGAGGCAGCGGACGGCCACACUAGUGCCUGGUACUCAGAACACGUUCCGCAUCCUGCACGGUCCGGGCGAGUGGGCGGUGUUCGCUAACGACGUGCUCAUCGGCGAGCUGCAGCACCGCGCGGCGCCCGCGCUCGUGCGCGCCGUGCGCCUGCGCGGGGACCUCUUCCCGAGCGCCAUCUACCUGUGCCCCUCCAGCCACUCGCCCACCACCGAGGACUGGACGGAUGUCUCCAACUGUUGA